AAUAACAAUAUCCGAUUAGCGAUAUUACACAACAGUCAAUCAUUAAUACAGCUCUGAUUAAGUCGUGUAUGACUAUUUCCCUUUUUCAUUAAAUAAUAAUGAACGUCGAUUCGAUAAUGUGGGUUUUCUGGGUGACAGUGACAUUAGUGCUGAUAAAAAUAUUGAACAAGUUUUCAAACGGUAGAUGUUAUACUGAUAACGUCAUGAUCGGCAAAGUCGUAAUUGUUACUGGAGCUAAUAGUGGUAUAGGAUACGCUACAGCAUUGGAAUUAGCCAAGCGAGGAGCUAAAGUAAUAUUGGGCUGUCGCGACGACAAAAAAGGAAUAGAGGCAGUGGAAUCCAUUAUCAAACAAACGAAAAAUAAGAACGUGAAGUAUAUAUAUUUGGAUUUAAGCUCGUUGAGUUCUGUGAGAAAGUUCGUCGAGGAGUUCAAGAAGUCUGAAUUUAAACUAGAUGUAUUAGUGAAUAAUGCAGGUGCCAGUGGCAUGGGCAGAAGCAUGACGGAAGAUGGGAUGGUAAAAGAUAUGCAGGUGAAUCAUUUCGGACCAUUUUUACUGACGUUACUCCUAGUUCCUAUACUGAAGAGAUCAGCUCCUAGUAGAGUUAUUGUUGUAUCAUCAAUGUUACACAGACUUGGUACAAUAGAGGGAGUGAAUGAAGAAGGUCGUUACGGCUACUUCCAGACUUAUUGUAAUAGUAAACUUUGCAAUGUUUUGUUUGCGAACGAGCUGGCGAGACGUUUGAAAGGCACGGGAGUGGUGGUGAACAGUUUACAUCCUGGUCAAGUUAAUACCAGCUUAUAUAAAACUACUUUAUUUGAGAAACUCAGGUGUUUAGUUCUAUAUACGUUCUUUAAGAGUCCUGAGGAAGGAGCUCAGACUUCAUUGUAUUUGGCGGUGGCUGAUGAGUGUGAUCAGAUCAGUGGGAAGUAUUUUGUUGACUGCAAGGAGAGCGGCAUGUCUUGGAAAGCGGAGGAUAGAUACUUAGCAGGCGAGCUUUGGUCUAUGUCCGAAAAGUUGGUCAAGGUGAGACCGGAAGAAUGGAUAUAAUAUCUAAGUGAUUAUGUUAUUAUUAAUUUAUAGGUAAAUACUUAAAUCAUCGUGGUGCUAUGUACGCUUCCGAUUUAAAUGUACUAUUUAUUUUUUUAAUAAAUUAUCUAAUUACAGCAAAUUGAUAUUCGUAGGUUAUCUGUACGACCUACUGAGCUGAUUCACAGUACAUGUUCGAUUAUUCAACCAGACCUUUUAUUUUUAACGGAAACAUUAUUGAUGCACACACUUUCUUUUUCCUAAAACUUAAACCAAUUGUGCACUAUGUAACGAAAAACAAACAUAUAAUUAGUAAACAACUGCAAAAAAACUUGUUAAUGAACAAACUUAAUAGAAAAUUAUGUGUGAUCAAUUAAUCGGUGGAAAAAUAGAUACCUUUUCACAAAAUUGCAAAUUAUUUAAACACGUUUUUUAAAAAAAAACUGUAUACC